UCCGUGGAGAAGGUUUUGAAGGWGCUGGAUGGUCUGCCCCGAAGUGACUUUGCAGAGAUGAUUCGCCAGGGCAAUGGUACAUUCAACUCCAUCCCGGAGCUGGCCGUGGAGAGGAUGGCACAGGUCAUCCAGGAUCUGCGGGAMGAUUUGGCCCGCAUAGCAGAGAAAGUGCAGUCCAUCGCUGACAGCUUCCCCCUCCCUGACUACACCCGGCCCGUGAGCGAAGCCCUGGUGAAGGUGGAGGAGCGGAGCCAGCCGUACCUGCGGGAGGUGGAGCUGUUCGAGCGGUACAGGUGGAUCKCAGGCAUGGUGCUGUGCUCCAUCAUCCUCCUCGUCCUCGCCUGCAAUGUGAUGGGAAUGGCCCUGGGAGUGUACGGGCUCUCUAAGCGGAAGGACCCCAGCGACCACGAGUGCCGAGGAGAAGCCGGUGYCAAGUUUCUCCUGGUCGGCGUGGGCUUGGCUUUCCUGUUCUCCUGGCUCCUCAUYCUCCUGGUUUUUGUCACCUUCCUGGUUGGGGGCAACAUCCAGACACUGGUUUGCAGGAAUUGGGUCAACCAGGAGAUUUACAAGUUUAUUGACACCCCUGGGAAUCUCCCUCCGUCCAUGAACCUCACCCGCCAGCUCAACCUCAGGAGGGACUCCAACCUCACCUCCAUGUACCGGGAGUGCAAGASUGGUGCAGGGCUGUGGGAGGUGCUGCAGCUUGACAGGUCCUAUGACCUGAACGAGCAUCUAAAAACCCCCAAGUACAUGGCCGAUUUCCAAAAACGCCUGGGUGACUUCAGGGCACAUCUGGGAGACAUCCGGCUCCUCCGCAGCGAGGGCAGGCAGGACCUGGAGACCUUYGCCCGCAGUGGUGUGGAUGAGGUGGACUAUGGGCGCUUCCAGGAGGAGAUGAAAAAUCCCGUGGUUCAGACAAGCCUCCCUGGCUUGGCGAGRAACCUUGAGGGGCUGCAGAAAAUGCAGAGGAACAGCACAGUGGCCMRGCGGCUCGGGGCUGAGGCACAGGCRCUGUGGCAGAUGCAGAACUCCAYGGUGCAGAUGCAGGAGGCAUUAGUGGAGCAGGUAAAGAGGACACUGGCCACCACGGCCUCAGUGGAAGCCCGUCUGCCCAUGCAAGCCCAGCAGAUCCUCCGGCAGGAGCUCGGCUGCUUCACCAGGAAGGCGCUGCGGUAYUUCAGCCAGUACCUCAACUGGGUCGGGCAGACGCUCAGGGAGGACGUGGCUUCGUGCCAGCCGCUUGCCACGGCCCUGGACAAYGGGCGAGUCAUCCUGUGUGACCGAAUUGCAGAGCCUUGGAAUGCUUUCUGGUUCAGCCUGGGAUGCUGCACCUUCUUCCUCAUCCCCAACAUCAUCUUGGCCGUCAGACUCACCAAACACUUCCGCCCCAUCCGCAACCGCCUCAUCUCUACAGGGUCAGAGGAGACUUGUCCCUUCCACAUCCCGCGGGUCACGGCCCUAAAGCUCUAGGAYGGGGAUCUGCCGGGUGUGGUGCCCCCAGGAGCUCCCACAAAGCCAUGCCCUGCUCUCCAGGAGCUCCCAUCGAGCCUGUGCCCAAGCACUGCAGGGCUCUGGAUCCCUCUGACAUCUCACAGGCCUUUGGAUCUCUCUGCCGUCUCUUCCUCGGUGUCCUUUGGGGUCUGGCAUCCUUCCCGAGUGCGGGGCACCUGAAAAUGGGAGUCCCUCUGACAUCUGUUCCGAGGCCUUCUUGGGGGGCUGGGCAGCUCUGGGCAGAGUGUGACAUUAAAGCCCUCCCCAGCCAAAGCUGCUGCAAUUCCUUUGUAYGCCCGUUCUCCCCAGGGAGCAGUUCUGGGGGGCCUCUGGGGAUCAGUGGGAUCUCAGGGGCUGACAGGGUGCCAUGGCCAAGGGAACCUGCAGGGCUGGGGGCUCUGGGGCCAAGGGCUCUC